AUGUCUGAGCCCGAUAACACCCUCUACGACGCUCAGCAACCCCUCGUCUCGACAGUGUGGCGCCUGUACUUCCUCGAUCAACGAGAAUCAUCCCCUCAUGAUCUCUUUGCGCUGCUGCACUACAUCGAUGUACACGUCGCAAUUCACGUCUUUACGGUCGUACGCACAUGGGAUGGAUCGACCCCAGUAUACUGGAUUAAAUUCAGGAGCGUUACGGAAGCUCUCGUAGCCCGGGGGUUCGCUACGAACGCAGAAGAUGGACUGAGCGUUCAAGUGGCAGGCGCCUUAGUACGAGAAAGCCUGUUCCAACUCGCCGAAGAAGCAGAACGGAAUUCGCGCUACAAAGCGCCUCGCGAACCAAAUCGCUGGGACAAUCCACUGAAGAUAUACGCAACCCCAUUUAAUUCCCCCAACGACGACUUCACGACGCCCGCGCCUUCCUACACAGCUGCGCCCAAACAUCCUAACUCCCAUAGAUCCCUGUAUGACCGUCUACAACGCACGUCCCUCGCCGAACGCCUUUCAUCCGCUUGA